CCUGGGAUGUGUGAUCUGUGAACCAACAUUUGUAAUAACGGCUUCUGCAAUUCACCACAAUUGUGUCUAGUAUCAGCUAAUUCUUGAUAAUUAUGCAAAAUUUACGAGGGGGUAAGAAAGUCCUUCUAAACUACAUAAUUCUCCUAAUUCUCCUAAAGCUGCUAAUUAGACAUAAUUCUUGGACUUUAUCAAAGAUUAUCGAAAUUUUGGCCGGGAGGUUUUUCCUGAUGACUCGCCGGCCAAAAAAGGGUCUUUCUCUGCUGGAGUUGGAGACGAGCUUGAGUACAUGGAAGAAUAGACUCCAUGACUGGGUGUUCUGCGCUCGACACUUGUAUAAUCAGUCCGCGAAUUGUACCUUUUCUUGAUAUUCUUGCUCGAAAUUUGUACUCUAAUAUUCGUGAGAAUAUAUGUCUUCUACGUGAUACUGUCCAUUCGGAGUCGGGGAUUGGCGCACAGGCGCCGUUACGAUUGGGAAUAUCUCCUGGAUACGUCGUCGUCAAGCUGUUCUGCACUUC